UCAUUUUUGUAGGGAUUUCAGAGAUGACAGAAAAAGUUCAGACCGUUUUAGGUCCGGUAGACCCUGAUGCCCUGGGAAUAACCUUGACCCAUGAACAUCUUUCUCUGGAUUCCCUUGCACUGGGACUUCCUAUUGACCCCAAAUACAAGUAUUUGGAGGAAGCACCUGUUGCACUAGACACCCUGUGGUAUAUCCGGCAGUAUCCAUACUCAAACAGACCAAAUUUGGAUUUAGGAACUGAAAAUGCAGCUGUUGUUGAAGAAAUGGAUUUUUACAAGAAAAAUGGGGGAGGAACAAUUGUGGAAAACACCACAAUUGGAAUCAAGCGUGACAUUAAAUUUUAUCAGUAUGUUGCCAGAGAAACUGGAGUGAAUGUUGUUGCAGGAACAGGUUUUUAUGUGGAGUCAUCACGACCUGAAACAUUGAAGAUGACAUCAGAAGAGAUGGAGGAAGCUAUGAAGACAGAUCUUCUUCAUGGAGCAGAUGGUGGGGAUAUCAAAUGUGGGAUCAUUGGAGAAAUCGGAUGUAGCUGGCCACUUGGCAAGAGUGAAAGGAUAGCCAUACAAGCUGCUGCGAAUGUUCAGAGUGAGUUAGGAUGUCCAGUCAAUAUUCAUCCAGGAAGGGAUUCAAAAGCCCCAUUUGAAAUUAUCCGAGUUUACCAAGAGGCUGGAGGAGAUGUCAACAAACUGGUCAUGGCUCAUCUAGAUAGGACAAUAUUUGACCAAAAUAAGCUAGCUGAAUUUGCAGCAGUGGGUAGCUACUGUGAAUAUGAUUUAUUUGGGAUUGAGACCUCCAUGUAUACUCACAAUUAUAAAGUGGACAUGCCAAGUGAUGCUCAGAGAAUUCAGAACAUCCAGUUCCUGAUAGAUCAAGGAUUUGAGGACAAAAUUGUUAUUGCUCACGAUAUACACACCAAACAUAGACUGAUGAAGUUUGGGGGUCAUGGUUACUCUCAUAUCCUCAUCAAUGUGGUCCCUCACAUGUUAAACAGAGGUAUUUCCCAGGCCACCAUUGAUAAAAUUCUGAAAGAGAACCCAAAGAAAUGGCUGACAAUGAAGGUAUAGAGUCCAGUAAAUACAAGAAUGCUGAAGACAAGUGCUGAAAAUCAAAUGGAGCUUUGUAUCUGGAGAAAUUGAUCGUUUAUGAUUGAAUAUGUAUUUGGCAGCAAAUUAAAUUUACAAACUUUUUGUGAUUCACCAUAGAUUGUGUUCAUUAUCCAGGAUAUACCCUUAUAUACAGGGACUAUUACUUACAUGAUGAUGGAUGGAUUAGUAGAAUAAAUAUAUUUAGUCAUAUCUAAUAUAUAUUCUAAUUACUGGUAUUUCAAAUGUUGGCUGUUGAAAUCAGGUUUUUUUUUUAAAUAAAUGCUUUUUAUAACAAUUUUA